AUGACUUGGCGCCACUCCUCAGAGUCUGGCGAGGCAAGCGCCUCCUUGACGGUGCAUGGAUCAGCUGACGUCGCAACAUUGCCAACAGCGAUCAGCAACAACCACGGACGCCAGGGACGCAACAACGGCGGUAACGGCAACAGCAACGGCAAGGGGCGCCGCUUCCGUGGCAACUGUCACUACUGUGGCAAGUAUGGACACCGUGCAGCAGAGUGUCGCAAGAAGCAACGCGACAACGGAGCAACAGGCUUCACUGCACAGGCACAGCAUCAACAUGGUCAAGACGCAGCAACCUUCGUCGCUGCCACAGCUACUACACCCACGCAGCUGCAUGACCCACUCACGUGGCUUGCAGAUACGGGUGCUUCACACCACCUCACCUUCGUCAAGGACGCCUUCGUGGAGCUGACACCGCACCUGCAACAGCACCAUCCACGCCACAUCACUGCGUUUGGCGGCACACGUGUGCCCGUGCGCGGUGUUGGCUCUGUGCUGUUGCAUGCACGCACGACGAGCGGAGCUACGAUGCAGAUUGUGCUACAGGAGUGCCUCUACGUGCCCGAGGGCCAGGCCAACCUCAUCGCCCUCGGUCGUCUGACCAGGGACAGCAGCGGCAGGCCAACGGGCCACUCGCAGCGUGAUGGCGCUGAUGGGCACUACGUGCGUUUCAGCCACGGAGCCGAGGUCAAGCUGAAGGAGCGCAACAGCCUCCGGUGCUGGCCCAUUGUUGCUGUUGGUCCACCCACAGCACACGGACUCACCGCCGAUGCCUGCAAGCAACCACAGCAACCCGCAGCAGCUCCUGCAGCCCAGAGCAAGGUGCAGACACCAUCGAUGCAUGAGGUACUUGGCCACCGCAACGACAACGACGUGCAGCAGUACUGCAAGCUGAUGGGCAUCGAUGAUUGCAACGCCAUCAGCAGCAAGCAGUGUACAACGUGCGCAGUGACCAAGAGCACUCGUCACAGCGUCAGCAAGCACGCGGAACGCACACAGGUGCCCGGCGAGCGCAUCCACGCCGACAUCGUCGACUGGACCGCGGACUCACCCACGGGCAAGCGCUACAGCCUCGUCAUCGUCGAUGAGGGAAGCAAGCUCCUGCAUGCAGUCCAUCUCAACGCCAAGAAGGACGCAGUUGCCGCGUUCCAGUCUUUCCUGCGCGAGACCAAGCUCCCCAUCUCGCCCACAACAACAGCACUCCAGACGGAUUCCGAUGCCAUCUUCCUCGGAGCUGACUUCCAGGCCAUCGUCAAGAAGCACCUGAAGCAGCACCAGCAGUCCCCGCCGUACACCCAGGCGCAGAAAGGCAUCGUCGAGCGACAGGUGCGCACCCUCUCCGACAUGGUGCGAGCCAUGGUCACGGGUGCAGGCCUUGACGCAUCGUACUGGAGCCUCGCCUGCAACCACGCCCUGCACAUCCUCAACAACAUGCCUCGCCCUUCCCUCCACGGCAAGACACCGCUGCAGAUUGGUCCAGGGGAGGCAGGCGGUCCGCCCUUUCACUACUAA